AUGGGGGUGGGGGUGUCUUUAUUGCUGCAGUUUUCUCUGACUUCUGGGGGCUACCGGAGCGGGGGCCGAAGCAGGCGCUACUGCCGCAGAAGUCUCCCCAGGAGCGUCCCCAGGCGGAGUUGGACCAAGCCGCAUCCCCAGCCCCACAGCCUCCAGGCAGAGGAAGAACUGAUGCUGGAACGGCGCUGCAGGGGUUCCCUGGCCAUGGGCCCAGCUCAUCCCCGACUCCUUUCUGGGCCCUCCCAGGAGUCACCCCAGACCCUGGAGGAGGAACCCCGCGGGCUGAGGUCACUGGGCGCUCCCCAGGGGGGAGCCCACCGCUGUGCCCACUGUAGGCGGCACUUCCCAGGGUGGGCGGCCCUGUGGCUUCAUGCCCGGCGGUGCCAGGCCCGGCUGCCCCUGCCCUGCCCGGAGUGUGGGCGCCGCUUCCGCCACGCCCCCUUCUUGGCACUGCACCGCCAGGUCCAUGCUGCAGCCACCCCAGACCUGGGCUUUGCCUGCCACACCUGUGGGCAGGGCUUCAGAGGCUGGGUGGCCCUGGUUCUGCAUCUGCGAGCCCACGCAGCUGCAAAGCGGCCCAUCGCAUGUCCUGGAUGUGAGAGGCGCUUCUGGCGAGGAAAGCGGCUCAGAGCUCACCUGCGGCGGUGCCACCCCCGCCCCCCUGAGGCCCGGCCCUUCAUAUGCGGCAACUGUGGCCGAAGCUUUGCCCAGUGGGACCAGCUGGUUGCUCACAAGCGGGUUCAUGUGGCCGAGGCCCUCGAGGAGGCAGCAGCCAAGGCUCUUGGACCUCGGCCCAGGGGCCGCCCGGCGGUGACUGCCCCCCGGCCUGGUGGAGAUGCUGUCGACCGUCCUUUCCAGUGUGCCUGCUGUGGCAAGCGCUUCCGGCACAAGCCCAACUUGAUUGCACACCGUCGUGUGCACACGGGCGAGCGGCCCCACCAGUGCCCUGAGUGUGGGAAGUGCUUCACCAACAAGCCCUACCUGACCUCUCACCGGCGCAUCCACACUGGUGAGAAGCCCUACCCGUGCACUGAGUGCGGGCGCCGCUUUCGGCACAAACCCAACCUUCUGUCACACAGCAAGAUUCACAAGCGAUCUGAGGGGUCUGCCCAGGGUACCCCUGGCUCAGGGAGCCCCCAGCUUCCAGCUGGCCCACUUGAGCCCUCUUCAGAGCUCACCCCGGAGGCCCCACUGAAUCCUGUACAGGAGCCUGCCCCAGAGCCUUUGCUGGGAGCCCCUCAAGAGCCUCCGCAGGCCCAGGCCGCAGCGCCCCCGUCUCUCUACAGCUGUGAUGACUGUGGUAGGAGCUUCCGCCUGGAACGUUUCCUGCGUGCUCAUCAGCGGCAGCACACUGGAGACCGGCCGUUCACCUGUACCGAGUGUGGAAAGAACUUUGGCAAGAAGACCCACCUGGUGGCUCACACCCGGGUCCACUCGGGUGAGCGGCCCUUUGCCUGCGAAGAAUGUGGGCGCCGCUUCUCACAGGGUAGCCACCUGGCAGCCCACCGGCGCGACCAUGCCCCUGAGCGGCCCUUCGUCUGCCCAGACUGUGGCAAGGCUUUCCGCCACAAGCCCUACCUGGCAGCCCACCGGCGCAUCCAUACCGGUGAAAAGCCCUACGUCUGCCCUGAAUGCGGCAAAGCCUUCAGCCAGAAGUCCAACCUGGUGUCCCAUCGACGCAUCCACACAGGCGAGCGCCCCUACGCGUGCCCCGACUGUGACCGCAGCUUCAGCCAGAAGUCCAAUCUCAUCACCCACCGCAAGAGCCACAUCCGCGAUGGCGCCUUCUGCUGUGCUAUCUGUGGCCAGACCUUUGACGAUGAGGAGAAACUCCUGGCCCAUCAGAAGCAGCAUGAUGUUUGAGAGCGACAGGGGCUGUGGAGGCUGGGGAAGAUAGGAUUCGGAUGUCAUUUGAGAGGAGUGUCCCAGUGGGCUCGGGAUGCUCUGGUUGGUGCUGGUAUAGCAGAUGGGAUGUAAGUCACUGGAAGGGGCAGAGGGGUUGGGGGUGAAGUGAGCCCACCUCCCCUUCAGCAAGGAAUCUACUUUCAGAGUGCAAGGGCCCUGGCUCUCCAGCUGUUCGCUAAGCUACCAUCCCUGUCCUGUGCCCUGGAAAAGUAGCAAUAGCAUCUUGAUCUACCCAUAGCGCCCUUGGGCUAGAAGAGCCACCAGUGGAAAGGAGGACAUUCCAUUCUCUGGUGUUAACCGCCUUAAUGUCCCUGUGUCUUUUAUUGCAAGUUACUUCAAAUCAUUUUGGAAGUAGGUGUGGUAUAAUUCUUAGUAAAUAAACACUCGGGGAGGAAAAGUGGGCCAGCUGGAUACCCCUUGGAGAACCUGCUGGCCUUGUUAGACAGCACCUGGACUUUGUCCAGCAUCUGUAGGUGAAGCUGAACUGCUCUUACCUGUCCCAUCCUGUCCCCUCCCUCUGCCCCCUGCAUAGGCACCCAGACCUAAACUAACAACUGUUAGUGCUGACUUCAUCCCCUUCCCUCCCCAGAGUCCAACCCAGGGUACUUGCCUACUGGCGGCUCUGGCAUUGUCCACUACCCCUCCCUACACAUAGCCACCCCGGCUAUUAGCACCCCUAUGUCCGGGCCUUUUUCUGAACACUCCAGCUUCUCUCUCCCUCCUGCCAGACCUCAAACAUUUAUGGAAAGGACAGCCCCACUGAUAGUGAAGUGUCAGCUGCAGGGGAGAUAUUGGAUGAGUUUCCUUUUUAGCGUUUCUUUGAGGUGUAUUAGUAUGAGGUGCCAGCCUCUGCUUAAACAGGUGACAGGGAAUUCCCCAGCUCCUGAGGCCCUGGUUCUAUUGUAGGAUAAGUCUAAUUGUUAGAAAUGCUUCCUUAUAAUGAAUGAAAUCUGCUUUCCUAUAAUAGCUACCUAUCGGGCCUUGUUCUGUUCUCUGGAACUUCACAGAGCAACUAAUUUACCCUCCUUUUCAAACUAGAGAAUAAAAAUUUGGUUUUAGAACUGGUGGCUGAGAAGUGUUCCUUUUCC